AUGACCGUUUCUGCCACCUUAUCUGCCUCUGAGCCCCUGACCGUCUUGGUGUCGACGAGGGCGGUGCUCACCCUCCCUGAUGAUAGCCUUAUCCUGUCACCAGCAACCAUAUCAGUCUCCCCUCUCACUGGCAAGAUCAUUUCGAUAGUCCCAGAGGUCCUCCCGCCCUCCUCCUUCCCGCCAUCGACCACCUAUGUGGACCAUGGUUCCAAACUCAUACUGCCAGGCCUGGUGGACGCCCACGUCCACUUGAACGAGCCCGGUCGCACAGAAUGGGAGGGCUUCGCCACCGGCACCCGCGCUGCCGCGUCUGGCGGCGUCACCACCGUUAUCGACAUGCCUUUGAAUGCGAUCCCCCCCACCACAACGGUCAGGGGCUUCGAGGAGAAGCUGGCUGCUAGCCGUGGGCAGUGCUGGGUCGAUGUCGGCUUCUAUGGUGGUGUCAUUCCUGGCAACGCAGACCAGCUGGUUCCUCUCGUGGAAAUGGGCGUGAGGGGUUUCAAGGGCUUCCUGAUCGAGAGUGGUGUCGACGAGUUCCCGGCCAUCUCCUCCCACGAUAUCGAGCUUGCCAUGCGCGCUCUCGCCGGGCGCCCGACAACCCUCAUGUUCCAUGCUGAGAUGAUCCCUCCCAUCGCCGAUAGCGUGGGAGACGCCGUACAGUCAUCAGAGCCCCCUCUCGCCCCCACCGGCCAGCUGACGUCUUACGACACCUUCCUCGACUCGCGGCCGCCAGUCUUCGAGACAUGUGCCGUGGAGGAGAUCUUGUCGCUGGCCCACCUGGCACCACAGCUGCACCUGCACAUCGUGCACCUGUCGGCAACCGAGUGCAUCCCAAUUCUGAGGCAGGCGAGGAAGGACGGCGUCAACAUCACAGCCGAGACAUGCUUCCACUACCUGGGGCUUGCCGCCGAGGACGUGGAGGACGGGGACACCCGCCACAAGUGCUGCCCGCCCAUCCGGUCACGCAUCAACCAGUCCGGCCUGUGGGAGGAGCUGUGCGCAGACCCAAAGGAGAGCGUGAUCAAGACCAUUGUCUCUGACCACAGCCCCUGCACGCCCGAGCUGAAGCUUCUGCCAGGCCACCUGCAGCAGCAGCAACACGCCGACCCCGUCGAUGCUGUCGAGGGCACGCUGUUGCACUCGGACUCGGGCGUCGACGUGACCAUGCCAGGCGAGGAGGGGUCCAAGGCCCACACGGCCGUGGGCGACUUCUUCGCCGCGUGGGGCGGCAUCUCGUCCGUGGGGCUGGGGCUGCCGAUCCUGCACACGACGGCCAAGGCCGGCAACCGGCCGCUGGGGAUCGUCGACAUCGUCCGGCUGUGCUCGCAGGCCACGGCGGCGCAGGUGGGCCUGUCGCACCGCAAGGGCGGGCUCAAGGUUGGGCUGGACGCGGACGUGUGCGUCUUUGACGACGCCGAGGAGUGGACGCUGGGCUGCCGCGGCAUGCACUGGAAGAACCGCUGCUCGCCGUGGGAGGGCAAGAGGUUCACGGGCCGCGUGCGGGAGACGUGGCUGCGCGGGCAGAAGGUGUACGAGUUCGGCGGUGCAAACAGCGGGUUCGUUGGCGAAUCACCUGUUGGGGCGGCUAUCGUCGAGAAGAGGACGGUCUAG